AUGGGUCAUAACCUUAGCAUGAUUCAAUUGAAGGAAGUCGUACCGCGAUUUCCAAAUAUAGCGUCCAUUACAUCAUCAAAUCCUCCAGCGAUCAGUACUACUACCAAAAGUGGAACUGCUGCCAGCACUACCAUGCCAGUAGCAGUAGCAACAGCAGCAGCAGUGCCAAAACCAGCUCCUAAACCCAAACCUCCUGUACAACCAGUGAAGGUCUCCUAUACAAAGAAUAAUAUUACCGAUGCCGACAUCCCACGUAUAAUUAAGGAAGCAAUUGUACAACAACAAUGUACGGAACUCAAUUUAUCCUUAAAUAAAAUUACACAUGAAGGUGCUGCAAUGCUUGCCAACGAAUUGCGAAAUAAUACGGUAAGAAAGUUAUAUUGUUCAUCUAUUGACAAAAAUACUCUGAAGACCUUAUAAUCUCAUAUAUAUGAAUCAUUCAUGAAUAACGUCUGCACUUAUUUGAUAAACUGACAUGUCAAUUGAAAAGAAACAUGAAAAGAAUAGUUUCAUAGAGAAUAAUGAGACGAGCAAAUGGGAAUAGUUACACAAUGUAAAAAAAUAUUCUAUUCGUAAAGUAGAUAAAACAUUUACUAUUUGGAACAAAAAAAAACUUCAAACUAUAAAACUUUACUCAUUAACUAAAAUUAAUACAGAGUAUUAUUCAAUGUUUUCAUCAUCACGAUAUUUUAUAAUAUCAAUGAUUUGAAAUAGGCAUUUUAGAAAAAUAUUAAUCUACUUCUACGAUGGAAUAUUACGUUAUUUAUAAUGACUAGUGUAAUAAUAUCUUUACAACAAAUCAGAAUUUUUUUUGAACACUUUUUUAUCUUCUCAAAUCUACAUAUUAUAGUCUUUGUGGUCCAAUUAGUAAUCCAGAUUUGUUUCACAUUUUUCAUAAAUUGUCUCAUGAAAUGAAUCGUCUUUUUGAAUUGUACAGAAUGAAUACGUCUUUUUUACUUGCACAUAUAGAUAAAUGUUUUACUUAGUAUUCAAAUAUCAUGCAUGGACACAAAGAGAAAAACUUCCGAUGGUAUAUUG